UUCUCCUUGCAGGGUGGCGUUGUGGUGCCCCGUGUGUGAGAGCGGCGUGGUCCGGUGGGACCAGGAGCUCACCGUGCACGCCUCUUGCCCUGGUUGCAGCCUCUCGGCCAACAUCUCCUACGCGUGGGCCCUCAAGCCCGUACUCUCACAACUGCCGACAAUCAAUCGCAAAAAUUUCUGCAUCCUGAGGGACGGGCAAUCCAGCAGCCUAUUUGGGCCUACCACAUUGGCAACUACCACAGACACCAUGUCACCAAUUCCCACAUCCUCAUCCGUGGCCAAUGACACCUACACUGCAUCCUCCAUCACCGUGCUAUCCUCCAGAGCCACACCCUCCUCCACGGCAUCCUCCACCGCCUCCUCCACAGCCUCCUCCAUUCGUUCAACGUCCACCACUUCCUCCACCUCCUCGAUCUCCUCACAGGCCACAGCUCCCGGCGCGACGCAAGCAAACAGGACGGCGCCCGCCGUGGCCAUCCCCACGAGCUCUCGUGCCUCCACGCAGGCCGCCAACCCGCCCGCAUGUGAAGCCUCCGUCUCCAGCACGGCCGCGCCCACUGAGACGUCGUCACAGGACACGUUUCCCCCACUAGAUCCGGGGAACGUGGAGGAGGGCGAGGCGUCAGAGGGCAGGCCGUCCUUGAAUCGCAAGAGGAGAGCUGCCACCUCUGGGGAUUCCGCAGGUCGCCCUGCCAACUGCUCGAACUCGACGGCGACAAACGCGACGGCCGCACCUCCCACGAUGACUCCUCCUGUGACCAGCGUGUGGCUCCCAAUGUUGCCUCCAGGUCUCGAAGAGGGGGCCAACGUUGUCCAAAGACCCCAGCGUAUGGUGACGAGCAACGUGAGCAGCGAGGCUCCGAGCAACGUGAGCAGCGAGGCUCCGAGCAACGUGAGCAGCGAGGCUCCGAGCAACGUGAGCAGCGAGGCUCCGGGCCCGUCCACCACCCGGAGCGCGCCGUCCACGGCGAGCGCCUCCACUCCACAGGCCGGCUCGUCGGGUAGCAUUGUCGAUUCGGGCGGGAUCUCCAGGAACAUCUCCGAGGGCACCGUGAACUCCGGAAGAGGCUCCGGUUCUGGCUCCGUGACGGCGCCGCCCAACAUUGCCACAAAUACCACAAAACCAGGAGACGACGUGAUCCCGGACCAGCCAAAGGUCGAAGUUGUCAAAGAGUCGAUAGACUACGUUCUGGAGAUAAACCUUCUGAGAGAAGACAUGACGUCUAGCGGCUUGAGUGGCGACACCCUGACCCUGCGGCCCAACAUGCUGACGGACAACCAGACCUACGCCAUCGUGCUGACCGUCACCAGCACGUUGGGCACGGCGGUAGAGAAAGGGUACGUACAUCUUCUGUUCACGGCUGCCCUCUCUCCGAACCCGGAGGUCUACUGUACCAUCAGCCCCAACGAUGGUGUGGAAUUGCUCACCGUAUUCAGCAUCUUCUGCAGCAGCUCCAACGCCAAGCACCAGCCCCUGGAGUACGAGUACAGCUACAGUGCCAGCGGAAGCUCUGUGCAGCCCACCCUGCUCUACCAGGGGCUCGACAACGAGCGCAUCUUCGUCCUCCCGGCGGGCCGCGUGCAAGAUGCCAACAUGGUGAACGUCUCCAUCUUGGCGAGGAACAGCCUGGGCGUCCCGACGGAGCUCUGCUCACAACGCGUCAAAGUCGAUAACCUGUCGGCACCCAACGGCACGACCCUUGACAAGUACAUCCACGCGGCGCUGGUGACGCCCGGCGCGAAGCUAACGGAGGUGCUCGGGCUGGGAGAUGCCCGCCUGACGCGCACCUUCCUGGGCAUCGUGACCUCCGUCCUCAACAGACUCGUCAGCACCGACAAUGCCAGCAUGACGCGGCAGUUGGAAAUUCGGGAGAGGCUCAUCCAGACCUUGUGCAACCUGCGUAUAAGCACACAGGAAGAGUUGCGAGACACAGCAACGAGGCUAGCGGAGCUCACGAGCACGCUCCCACAGCUGGGCAACAACACCUUGUGGAUGCUGAGCGAGCUGGCGUGGCUGGUCGCCGCGGAUGACGACGCCGCCCCGACCCCCGACUGGGCCUCGGUGACGCAGCUGCUGAGCGCCGUGAGCCGCAGCCUGCGGGUUGUGUCGGCGCGAGAGGAUCCCUCCACCCCGCGGCUGCUCCCGCGCGCCGUCGCCUCCAUCACCCGCCUCCUGCAGAGGUACGUGGCGCUCGCGAGCGAGGCGGAGGCGAGCGUGGAGCUGGAGGGUCUGGCCGUGCGCGUGGAGCGCCUCGGCUCCGUGGGGGGAGUGGUUGCCCGGGUCCCCGUGAGCGGGGGAGCCGUCUUCUACCUUCCGCGGGAUCUCGACGGGCAGAUCACGCGCCAGCCCAAUGGCAGCGUCUACACCCGCAUCGUGCACUUCAACGCAAACCCUUACUUCUGGGGCAGCCGCUAUCACGAGGUCCUUGGGACAGUGGCCGACCUGACGCUGUACACCCACAAGGGACUAAGCAUCAAGGUGUCGAAACUCUCCACUCCCAUCACCAUCGAGCUGCCCCUGCCGUCCCUGCAGAGCGAGGCGGCUUGGUUCUCGCUGGCGCGCCCCACGAUGAACGUGCACGCGUUCAACGUGAGCGCCGGGGAGGAGCGCGGGACGCUGCAGAUCACCUUCGCCUUCCAGCGGCCGAGCCAGCGGCCCUUCCCCAUCACAGUGCUCAUGAGGCCCCGGGCCGAACCGUCGCCGGACAACUUCACGUACAGACAGAUCUACGAGUGGCAGAGCGACAGCGUGCGCCUCCUCCUGUCUCCCGCCAAACUCAGCUACAAAGGCGUCUACUACCUCGCUCUGCUGGACUCCACGUUCGACCGCGUGCCACCACGCCGGCACCUGGCACCGUCUGUCAACUACUCACUGAGCGUGGAUUGGCUCGAGUGUCUCUACUGGGAUGGAGAAGGAAGCUGGAGGCCCGAUGGAUGUGAGACUGCUACCGCCUUGCAGUCCAACAGGGUCAACUGCAGCUGCGAUCACCUGACCACUUUCACCGCCGUCGCGUCCCGGGUCGCCAGCUCCCCGUCACAAACGCCAGUGCUUAGCUUCAUCAGGCCCCUGGAGAACUUGUUCCCGUGCGCCGUGGUGCUGCUGGCGCUCGCCCUGGCGGUGCCGGGGUUCGCGCUGUGCCGCCGCUGGGACCGGCACGACGAGCACAAGGCCGGGGCCAUCCCGCUGCAGGACAACCUCCCAAGCGACCGGCAGCUCUACGAGGUCACGCUGGAGACCGGGUUCCGUGCCGGGGCCGGCACCACCGCCAAGGCGAACGUGAUCCUUCACGGAGAGCACGGGACGUCAGAGACUCGCGAGCUCCACUGUGAAGACAAGCCGCUCUUCGAGAGGAACUCCACUCACACCUUCAUCAUGAGUGUCCCCGACAGUCUGGGCCCCAUCUGGAAGCUGCACCUGUGGCACAACAACCGUGGCACGUCCCCCAGCUGGUUCGUGAGCCGCGUGACGGUGCGCGACCUGUGGAGCGGCUCGGCCUGGCUCUUCCCGGCUGAGUGCUGGCUGGCGGCGGAGCGCGGCGACGGCAGGGUCGAGCGGGAGCUGCUGGCGCUCAGUGGCGCUCUGCGCUUCACCGCGCUGCUGUACAGCAAGGUCACAGCCUACCUCGAGGACUUCCACUUGUGGGCGUCGGUGUACAGCCGCCCCUCCUGCAGCCGCUUCACGCACACGCAGCGCCUCUCCGUGUGCCUCUGCCUGCUGCUCGCGUACGCCGGGGCCAACGCGCUGGUGGUCACCCUCAGGGAGGACAAACACGCGGUGGAGCUGGGUCGCGUGGAGGUGUCGCUCGAGUCGCUCGUGGUCGGCCUGCUCUGCUCCGCCGUGGUGCUCCCGCUCGCCGGGAUCGUUUCCCUUCUCUUCCGCUGGAGCGAGGUUGACAGGGGCUGCGCUCACUCCAUCCUGGAGCAGUACAAGCUCAAACAGCUGCAGGAGACGCACGCCGCCGGGGGCAGUCCGGGCCUCACGGCUGGAGACAGCGGCGCCGAUUCCUACUUGUCGUGGCAGAGCCUGCAGCAGUGGGCCCAGGAGGCGUGGAGGAAGAAGCACGAGUCUUCCGUGGAGGACGGGCUCAGCGAGUUCGGGGACUCGGACCUCGCGAGCGUGACCGGUGCCAAGAGGCCGAGCCCCGUGCCCGCCGCCACGGAUCUGGCGGCCGGGCGCCUCCAAGAAACAGUCGGGGCUCCCGAGCAGAGGCCCGCCGGGGUGCGGCAGAGCCGGGGUCUCCCCGGCAACGGGAGCCAAGGGCAGGGCGCGGAGCCGGUGCUGGGGAGCGUCGCCCCGCGCUGCCCCUCGGAGGGAGACUCGAGCGGCUUUGAGGACGGCAGCUCCCAGGAGCAGGGGAAGCCCUCGGGGGGGAGGCGGCCGUGCCCCGGGGAGAGCUCCUCGGACUUGCACUCUGAUUUCUCCGAUGGCAGCAGCCUGUACGGGCGAGGUCGCGGCGUCGGGGCCCGGGUGCGGCUGCCGUCGCGCUGCUGUUACCUCGCCUGGAUGCUCUGCAUCCUGCUCGGCCUGGCCUCGGCCGCUGCCACCGCCGUCCUGGGGUUCAGGUUCAGCCGCUCCAAGUGCAUGGCAUGGAUGCACUCGUUCUUCUUUUCCCUCAUCGUCUGCUUCUUCAUCAUUCAGCCGGCGGUUUUGGUGUUGGCGGCGCUUUCCGUGACGGUUUGGUGGCGGAGAGACGCCCAGUGCCUGCAGGCUCAGUGCCUGGACGCCGCCUGUCCCGUCGACACCUGGAGGACCAAGCUCAUGGGCCGCGCUGCUUCUCACUCACAGGGCAACCCGCAGGACUUCACGGACAUCUCCAAGAGCCUGGCGGCCCGACGGCGCGCGCGCCACCUCCGCCUGGCGCGACCCCCAAGCCGCGAGCAGCUCAAGCGGUGCCGCGAGCGCCUGCGCCUGCGCCGCCUCGUGGUGCGCUCGCUCCGGAGCUGCUGCCUCUACGUCCUCAUGCUCUCGCUCCUGGCAUUCGCGACGUUUGCCGAGUUCUCCACCGACGAGUUCUACCUGCAGCGAGCCAUCCGCGGCCACUUCAACAGGAGUGCUGAGACCUCGUUCCUGGGCGUGCGCACGGCUGAUGAGUGGUGGCGCUGGAGUGAGGCGGCCAUGGUGGACUCGCUGUAUGCGGCGGGCGGCACCAACGGCGGCGAAGCGCCACCGCCCGCGGGGAGCCGGGAGGUGGGGCCGCUGCAGGGGAACUAUCACCUCGUAGGCCAGCCCUCGGUGAGGCGCCUGGACAUCGACGGCUCGAACUGCACGGGCUGUGCGGAGCUGUCCCCAUCCGCAGCCAUCAGCCUCGGCAGCACUCGUGCUGAGGCGUUGGGGGUGCUGAGCGGGCUGCGGGCGGCCGGCUGGCUGGACCAGGCCUCUCGGGCCUCUGUCCUGGUGGAGUUGGCACUCUACAGCCCGCCGUCCCAGCUGUUCGUCAGCGUAGCGCUGCUGGCGCGCGUGCCCUCGUUGCCAGGGGAGCGGCCUAGCAUCGGCGUACGGUCUGCUCGCCUCUACAAGCUCGGCACACCGCUCAACUACGCCACCAUGACCUGCGAGUUGCUGUUCCUGGUACUCAUCCUGUUCCAGCUGUACCUGCAGCUGUGCCGCCUGAGCGACCGUGGGCUCGUGGCUCACUGCUGCGAGCCCUGGAACUGGCUGGAGGCCGGCAUGGUGGUGGUGGCGCUCGCCCACUUUGCGGUUUACGUGAACCGCUUCGUGGUGGCAAUGACGCUGAUCGAGUACCUGGAGGUGACCUUCCUGGAGGCAACGCUGGACGUGGGCCCUCUGGCCACGUGGGAUCAGACGUCUCGCUGGCUCUCGGCGGUGGUGCUCUUCCUGCUGCUGGUGCGGACGCUGCACGCGCUGCGCUGCUUGGGCCCCAUGGCCGUGUGUCUGUCACCCCUGAACUUCGGGCGCACACACCUCCCCCCGCUCGUGCUGUGCCUGGCACUGCUUCUACUGGCCUUCUCCAGCCUGGGCUACGUGUGCUUCGGGAGGUUGACGCACGCCUACGUGGAUCUGCUGUCGGCCUGGGAAACACUUCUGCUGACCCCGCUGGGCGCCAGCGGCACGCGCCACGUCUCGGCCCUCUCCCGCUCCGAGGGAGCCGCCGCGUUCUACGUCACGUUCCUCCUCGCCGGGGGUCUCCUCUGGAUCGCCGUUCUCUACAGCGUCCUGCGAGCCGUCAUGCGACGAGCUCGCCGCGCAGCCCUGCGGAGGAGGCACGUGGUGUGGCCACGCGACGUGGCCGGGUUCUUGCUGCGUGAGCUCGCCGUGCUGCUGGGUCGAAGGGCUCCAUUGCAGGAUCACGAGCCGCCCGUUCCGCCGGGCCUCAUGCUGGAGGAGUUUGAGGGCCAGGUGGACGAGCUGCUGUUCCGCAUGAACGCGCUCACAAACAGCCUCCACCACUCGCUGCAGCCGAAGCCUUCCAACUACCUGGACGAGGACAACGCCUACAACUCGGCCUCCGAGGGCUCCUGCGCUCACGGCUCUCAGCUGGCGGCGCUGGAUCUGGAGCGGGAGCUGGAGCAGGGCCUGGAGCGCGACUGUCCGCAGCUUGGGGAUCUGCUGCAGCAGUGGCGUCACGGCGAGAGGGACGCCGACUUCCUGCACAAGGAGCACGUUCUCAGGGCUCAGCUCGAGCUGGAGAUCAUCGAGAGGCUGCAGCUGUGUGAGGAGAGCGCGCUAGGUGAGGAGCCUAUGGGCCAUGCGGACAGCCCCUGCUCCAACGAUCAACUCGAGCUCACGCAAAGUAUUUCCCGAGGCCUUCACAGUGGCAGCACCUCCAGUCUCGCACACUCUGACACCAGCCAGGCGCGGCACCCUCUCCAUUCUCCGGAGGUCAGCCCGGCUGUGUCAAAUCUCUCUGCGGAGGACUCACAGUGGAGUCGACUUGAAGGACAAAGUCAUGCAGAGCCGGCAGCGGCAGGCUCAAAACAAAAACACGGCGUCUCUGCCCAAAAUGGUGCCGUUGCAACGACGAGUGCUAAUGUGGCUGCUUCGCCUCUGCUCCCUGGUGGGAGACUUGGUGAGAAGACCGCAUCGUCAAGAUCUCCAGAAGCCCCGGCAAAGGAGCGUCAGCGGAGGCCCGUCGUGGCGCACCAGAACAAGCCGCGCAAGUUGAAGAGGUCUCACGCCACACUCAUUCCUACCUUCGACGAUCCCUCGUUCCUGGAGGAUUGCGUGGACUUCCUUAGCGAUCCCGCAGAGGAGCAGGCUCCCGGCGGUGGGUUGCUGUUGGUCGCCCCGCAAAACGUCAGCUCCGUGGAUGUGAUGGUUCACUCGCACGCGUCCCAAGCGGAGUCCUUCAGCGACUGUUUCUCCGGGGAAGAGCCCAGAAACUUGGCGCGCGACCAGGAGCACCAGUCUCCCCCGCCGGCGGCGUAUGUUGGCAAAGCUCCUCAUCAACCCGGUGGCGACCUCCCUGCAGCGAGCUCUCCAGCCCAGAAACUGAGCAAAGUGAAGAAGAAAAAGAAGAAAGCGAGAAAGGAACUGGAAGCGAUGAUCAGGGACUUGGCGUGCGAGCCGCCGGCGACCGUCAGGGAGAGCGACGUGACCCCCGCUGAGAGCGAGGCACCCGGCAUGCUCAAGCGGUGCUGGUGACUUGCGGCCACAGCUGGACAAAGAGCGGCGCCUUUUGGGUUCCCUAUUUAUUUAUAUUUAUUUCAGACUCAUCCUCUUAUGUAAGGCUACAUCUGCAUUUUCGCCGAUUGUUAUGUUUGGAGUAAAUAGGAUCGUUUAAACCUGUGCUUUUUACGAGGCAAGCAAAGGAGGCGAUCAAAACAUUGUGAGAGUGAGAUUUGUGGCAAAACGACGAUUCGCGUAGCGCCGUAGCACGGCGAGCCACUCCGAGGGCACCAGAUCCACCGCAGGGCUUUUGCAAAGUGGCUCGACCCCUCCCAUACUCUGCCUGCCCAGUGUCUGUAUCUUAUAUCCCAUUGCCAACGAAUAUUUUAAUGAGCGAGGCUUAUUUGAAAAACUUAACAAAUACAUUUGAAAAUUAGCAUGAAUUGAAUAUCCUUGUCAAGAAUGUAGGGGUUUUUUUUUUACAUUUCUCGCACAUGUGUGUGUGGUUUGAACGUGUGUUGUUUGGGCACCACGGUGGUGAGAUGUUUACUACCUCGCCUGGUAUACAGAAGGUCAUGGAUUCGAUCCCGACUCUGACGCCUGUAUAUUCGAAGUUUGCAUGUUCUCCCCGUGGUCGCGUGGUCCACUGCUUUCCCCCCCCCCCCACUAUUAGAAACAUGCGUUUAGAGUAUUUGGCUGCUGUAAAUUCCCAUGUAAUAAGCCGCUCUGUUCAGCUUCCAGUUGUGGCCAGGUCGCUUCUGAAAAAUAACUCUAUAGCUCAGUGGACCUUACCUGGUAAAAUGAAAUCUAGUGAGUAUAUUUAGUUAGUUAGAAUGACCACGGACAAAAUGACAAUUGCUGCUGUGUGGUGUUGCACCAGGCUGGAGUGUGGUGGAGUUGAACACACACACUCACCGACGAUGCCUUCUUGGCUUUAGCAGUUACGCACUCAGUAAGAUGCACACUUAAUGUUUCAUGGACAAUGCAUUCCACGCGCGGUAAGACGAACGUCGCAGCGUGCAGCGCGCGUUGCUUCGGCAAGUUGUGUCAUGAUCGCGCAGACAACUGUGUCAUCUUGCGGAUGCGAGUAGCAAAGGUGGGAAUAUCUCCAGCGACUUGGAUUCGCUCGGCCCCAGUGAGAAACUCCAGCGUGAGCAGUGACUGGCAGUAGCUGUAAUUGUUCACAAUUACCGACCGCAAGCGUUCAUUGACCCUGUGAGCGUGAUUUUCAGACAGGGUAGUUGGUUUUGACGAAAAUGUUUUUGCAGUAAAAAUAAAGAUUUUCUAUACA